AGGCAGAGGCCUGGUUGGCAGGCUGUGUCUGUGUUGAUGUUGGGAUGGGGAGCAGAGUGUUAGUAGGGGAGAGAGAGAGAGAGAGAGGCUAAUGUUUGAAUCAACCACACAGACAUAGUCAGACAAAGAGGAGCAGCAUCCUACAGGACCAGGGUCCCGGGGGAUGGGGCAUCACACUCCCGCAGCACGCUGGGAGGCCCAGAGGAGCGACCCAGUACAGGAUUCCUGCUGCCUGCCAGUUGUGGGGGAGUAGGGUUCCAUGACUGAUGGGUUCAGGAGAGCUUGUCCAAAGGGCAGCAGGGGAAGGGCCAAACGAGGAGAGGGCACCAUGGACAGUGAGCAGGGGCCUCCAGCCUCUAGUGCCAGCAGCACUGGAGCCACUGCCACCAGCACCAGUACGACCAGUAGCAGCACUACCACCAGCAGCAACAGCACAGGAAGGCAGGCUGUGCCUCAGAUCUCUGUGUACAGCGGGAUUCCUGACAGGCAGACGGUUCAGGUAAACUUCAGGGUGAUCCAGCAGGCGUUGCACCGGCAGCCCAACACGGCUGCRCAGUACCUGCAGCAGAUGUAUGCAGCGCAGCAGCAGCACCUCAUGCUGCAGACAGCAGCACUCCAGCAGCAGCACCUGAGCAAUGCACAGCUCCAGAGCCUAGCCGCCGUACAGCAGGCCAGUAUUGCGGCAGGAAGGCAGAGCUCCACCCAAAAUGGCACUUCAUCCCAGCAAACAGGAUCAUCCCAGGCCACAGUGAGUGCAAUUAACCUGACCACGUCCCCGGCUGCARCCCAGAUGAUCAGCCGAACCCAGAGUGUCAGCUCGGCCCCAGCCGGCAGCAUCUCCCAGCAGGCCGUGCUCCUGGGCAGCUCGUCCAGCCCCACCCCCCUCACUGCCAGUCAGGCUCAUAUGUACCUGCGUGCCCAGAUGGCACAGCAAAGCAACCUUGUGCAAGUAGCUAGGAGCCUAGGCCGUGCUGUUCCUUUGUCCCCCCAGCUCAUCUUCACACCUACGGCCACAGUGACUGCAGUCCAGUCUGAGAGCUCCACGCAGUCCUCUGGACAACAGUCUGCCCCCUCACAGGUCCAGAACCUGGCUAUCCGUAGCCAGCAGGGGGCGACCAUGUCCUCCUUUCAAACACACAACCUCCAGGCCCUCAGCCUAAAGCAGACCCCUGUUGCCAUCCAGCCCUCUCCCCUGAUCAAAAACCCCAGCCAGGGGAGCCGGGGCUCUGGGGGGAAGGGCAGCCCAUCCGACGUCCCCUUAGAUGGGAGCAAGAAGGGGGASAGCAUUGUGACGGAGGUGUGCGCUAUAAACAUGAGUCGCAGCGUCACRGCUUUGAGUGGCCAGCCUCUCAGCACUCCAGCAUACACCCAGAUCCCUUCCCACUCCCUGGUCCAGCAGCAUAAGCAACAUCAGUUUGUGAUCCAGCAGACCCAUGCUUCCCAGAGGACCCAGGGACAGCUGCUGCAGACUGCCUCCAUCCAACCCCACCUGCAGACUCCCUCCCUGGUCCCCCAGUCCCCCAGCCAGGCAGGCCCUGUCCCUGUGCUACCCAAGCCUGCCUCUCACCACCAGCCCUCUACACCCAGCCAGCAGGCAACCAUCUUCCACUCCACCAUCAGCCCACAUGCUCUCCACUCCAGCCUGAGCCAGACCAAAGCCCAGCCAGUGCAACUCACAGCCAUCAACCUCCAGAUACAACCAGCGCUCUCACAGGCUUCCCGAUUGGUCCAGGACCGUAAAGGACAGGAGAAGCCAAAGUCAUUGGUGGUCAGGGAUCUCUGCCCGACUCCCAGUGUAGAGCAGCAGCCCACCCCAUUUACCCCCUCUGCCCCGUCUCCACCACAAGCCACCAAGCCAGCAGAGCAGCCCAAGACUGACCCAGUUAUGCCCAUCAGCCAACUACAAGGAGUCCCUACUACCAAGAGGUUGAAUGCACCUGAGACACCACCCCCAGCCAUGACAUCAGGAAAUGAGAACGAGGCACCCACUGUGAUCGGCAGCACCCCCCAGAAUGGAGAGAACAAGCCACCCCAGGCCAUCGUCAAGCCCCAGGUCCUCACCCACGUCAUUGAGGGCUUUGUCAUCCAGGAGGGUGCUGAACCCUUCCCUAUUGAGCGGUUGCCUGUAAUGAUGGACAGCCCAAAGAAGCUGCAUGAGCAGCUCUCYUCUGACCCAGACAAGACCCCUGUUAGUAACCCCACCAACACCACAGACUCUGAGACAGAGGAGCUGACCCCUCAAGAAUUAAAAGACCAAGAGGUUUCAGAUGCCCCCAAACUGAGAUGUGAAUUCUGUGGCUGGGUGGACUUUGCCUACAAAUUCAAGGGGUCAAAACGGUUCUGUUCCAUGGUGUGUGCGAAAAGGUAUAAUGUUGGGUGCACUAAGCGGAUAGGCCUCUUCCGUCCAGAGAGGAGCAAAGCAUCCAACCGCUGGCGCAGAAGGUCACACAACAGCUGCCGCCAGAGUGUCGAACCUAAGAAGCAGAAGCUUUCCCCUAAACCUCAGCAGACUCAGGGAGGUUCAGUGUCCUCCCCGCUCCCCUCCCAACCCAGCCAGGAGGAGUCCAGCCCCUGCUCAGACAUGUCUAGCUAUGAGGAGCCUCCGUCACCCCUGUCAGGAGCCAGCUCAGGUCCCCCAGCACCCCAGGCGUUGUCACACCAGGCAGGGAGAGGCUCAGACMAAGAGGCCCCCCGAGGCAGAGAGCUGCCACUCCUCACUCAGCACUUCCUGCCCAACGACCCCACCAAGUGGAAUGUAGAAGAAGUCUAUGAGUUUAUCCACUCCCUUCCAGGCUGCCAGGAGAUAGCAGAUGAGUUCCGCUCGCAGGAGAUAGAUGGGCAGGCCAUGCUCCUACUSAAAGAGGACCACCUUAUGAGUGCCAUGAAUAUUAAACUGGGACCUGCACUUAAGAUCUACGCACACAUCAACAUGCUCAAAGACUCUUAGCCAUGAUGGGUCGAUAUAGUGCUGGUUUGUUGUAUGUUUUUGUAUGUCUGUGUAUGGUGUGCGAAUGAGUGCAUAUGUCUGUGUUUGGUGGGAAGGAGUCACACUCUGGGACAAGACAAAACAUGUCGCUAUCGCACUGAUGACUACCUGACCUCUGCACUACCAUCUUUCAUCCCACCUUUGGAUUGGCUACUUCACGGUACGUUUAGCCAUGGCCUGCAAACAGACAACUGAUCAUCAUCCCUUUGGCUGUCAAAAAGAAUAGUUUACAAUAAAUUUAAUGGACUGACUGCCUUAGAAUAAUGGCACUAAUAGUGCUAAAAGCACUGCAAGGAUACAUUUGAGUCUGUUUGAAAAGAGAGAUGUGGGUAUAUCUGAAAUACUUUCUCCUGAGAUAUAAUUGUGAAUUUAAUUAUCAUUGACUGCAUAUGUAGUAUGUUUCUUUUGGUGCUGAUCUGAUGUUAUUGACAGCCAUACAUGUACUUUGUGUGUCCUGGGACAAAUGAAAGCCGUCGCCAGUCUGAGUCUUAUCCAACAGAUGCUAAGCUCUAUUUCAUAAUGAUCACCAACUAUACACAUACAUACACUGCAUGGCCUUUGACUUUGCUCAGAGCAGUUUACGCUAUGCUUUGAGACAUUGAUUUUGGUUUGUGAUAUUGAUUUUGGUUUCAUGUACAAAAUCGUUAUUUCCCUGUACAUUAUACUGGUUUAGAAGACACACAACCUUUUUUCAAAAUGUGAUUUACCAAGACAUGCCAUACCUUAUUUAUUUCUGGGUCAGAUUUCACRUCCUGUGAGAUCUUCUAUGACAGUAUGUGUCAACCCUACAAUCUAUGGGUUGACCCUAGUGGCGAAAAGACCACUAGAAACUCACUGUCGAAAUUCACCAUCAUACCUCUUACUCCACUAGCACUUAAAAUUAUUGGUUAUAUUCUCUUUAGUUUUAAUUAAUACAACCAAAAUGACUUGAUUGGGUCUGAAAUUCAUAAGUUAGGUUUGUUUUGAGUUGUUGAGCUAUUUCGCUCCUGAGAAAGACUUAGUUCUGUGUGAGUCUAAAGCUGCCUGUAUUUUCCUUUAAAUUAUCCAUAAUUGUUAUAUGAAAAUCAAGUAUUUAGAAAUAUGCAAACAUGUAAAUAUCAUGGCUCGAGGGAAGUGUCUUUUUUAGUGUUUUUAUAAAAAUCUUGUUUACUUGUGCUUGUCAUGUAAUGAAUGGUCAAUUGUGUUUMAUGUUUUGUUUGAGAAUACUUUGUCAAAUGCCUGUAUUUAUCAAAUAACUGAUUUUGUUACGCAACAUUUUUCAAUGAUAAAUAAUCUGAAACAAG